AAAAUUGUAUCAUUUCAUCCUUUCAAGUCUAAACGGCAACACAUCCCGAGCAACGACAUAAGUGGUAGAGCGGUGCGCUUUUUUCGUACGAUCCCGUUAUUGUUGUGUGUGGAUUGAUUAAUAUCGUUUAGUUUAUUACGAACAAAAAAAUUUAAAAGAGAAAGUGCAUUCAACGAACAGUGUGCAAGUUCAAAGGUUAAGUUCACAGUUUCGAAUAACCGAAAGUUAAAAGUUACGCGAAAAGUCAAAAAGGACUUAAAAAAGCAUAAACAAAACUCUAACAAAUAAAACAAAAGUGUUUGCAAAAAUGUCACAAAUCAAAGCGAUUUUCGGUGUCUUGUGUUUGAUCACAGUUGCUGCUGCACUUCCCGCCGAGGAGACACGCGGUCAUGCGCGCAAUGCAGUUAGCGGGGACAAUGACAUCAUGGAUAGCAUCUACAGCGAUUGCUUGCGUAAGGAUUCUGUUUCUUGUGUCAAAUAUAAGCUCUUCAAUUUCGUCGACAAAGUGCUCUCCGCUCGCGAACAGUUCUCGCUGACCGAAGGUGUGACAGUAGUGCGUUCGCCCGAUGCGCCAGCCACCGAAGCUGCACGCUCCAUCUCUGGGGACGAAUCAUUCGAAUCGUUGGCUCUCAAUCGCAUUUCAAGCUUCUUAAACUCCCACACCAUUAAGGUCGAAUUGAAGGGUGCCGAUAUUGUGCAAGCAGUCAGCUCAACCGGACGUGCGCUCGAAGAUGUCUCCGAAUCAUUGUUCGGUGGUAAUGACGAUCCCAACGCACCCGAAGAGAGCCGUGGCAAGAAGAAGAAGGCUGCCAAAAUUUUGGGCCCCAUUCUUGCUUUGGUCGCAUUGAAAGCCGCUGCCCUCCUACCACUAUUGUUGGGCGCCAUCGCUUUAAUCGCUGGUAAGGCUUUGCUCAUCGGUAAAAUCGCUUUGGUGCUGUCCGCUGUGAUCGGUCUGAAGAAACUGUUGUCUCAAGAGAAACAUGUCACCUACGAGGUGGUCGCCCAUCCACACCACAGCGCAUCCCACUCCGUCAGCCACGACUCGUACGGCAGCGGUUACAGCGCCGAUGCCGGUGCUUCUGGUUCAUACGGCAGCUCUGGUCAUGGUGGCUGGGGACGCUCACUCGAUGCACAAGACUUGGCUUAUGCUGCCCAAAAGCCACAAGCAUAAGUUGCUUGCAGUUAAGGGGAACUACAAUGGACUUUACAACGACAUUUGGCAGGGGAACAAUAUUUGGAGCUUAAAAACCCAACGACAAACAAAUCAACGAUUAGCACGAAAUUCGGACCUGUGGACAGGCAAUACGAUUGGCAGCAAGCAGAUGAAAAAACAUGUGAAAAAACCGCUCUAAACUUUCCGCGUGUACGCGUGCGAUCGUUGGGGAAAAGCGCAAAGCUGCCAAGGUCGAGGCCCAACUAGACACAACGACAACGAAAGCCACAAGACACAAAAAAAAAAUUGAACAAAACAAAUCUUAAUUAUAUUAAUUUAUUUGCUAAUUAAUUUAUUUAAUUUAUUACAUACUUUUACUUUCAUUAAAAAGAUAUAAAAAUCAAAACGACUCGUAGCCUUGACCUUUUGGUUCAGUGGAUACACAAAGUAAAUAUCUAGAAAAAAAUCAUAUGAAAAUACGAAAACAAAAUACGAUGCAGUAAAGCAUCUAUAUAAAAACUGCGUGUGUGCAUUUUAUAACUUAAAUUAUUUACAUAUUUAUAUUCAUAUUUAAUCUACAAAGUAAUUUAUUUAUUUUGUUUUAGUAAUUUUUCUUUUAAGCUAACGCUAAAUCACAAACUGUUUAAGAUUAUGUAAAAAUUAGCAGACAAAAUGAGAGACGAAGUCGGUACCUUAAUAUAUUUAUAAAUUUUUCAUCCCUUUUUUGCAUAGCAGGCAAUGCUGCACAUCUCACACUUGGCAAUGCUUAAAGGGAGUUGCUUUUUAGCGUUUAGAUUGUUUGCACGACGGCUCAUUGUGCGCUGACCUAUGCUGAUUGGCUGGGCUGGCAAGGCGACGAGCAGCAGAUCAACUAGCUUAACAACUGCCACAGCGAAGACUUACCAGCUUCACAUUAACACGCACUUACCACUUAAUAGCGCACUAAGUGCAUAUAACUGUUCUUAACUUCACCUCUCUUUCACUUGCAGCUCAAUUUCAAUUUAACCUCAAAUUACUAGAAGCACACAUACUUUAACACUUUAACUCUAGAUUUAUUUUCUUAAACUUUUCUUUCAUUUUCAUAUUUCAUGUCUAAUCUACUCUCACUUCACGCACUUUCAGCUAAGCUCACUUCACUCUCGAACAUUGACUACUGCACCUCUUCGCUCAUUACUGCAACGCACACACACAACAGAGAACUCAUAUACGAUACUUGAAAAUUUCACUCAAUUCUCACUCACUUUCAUUACUCUCGCCUUUAUAAGGGCUCUAUCAUGCUAUCCUUUAAAACUUUACAAACUGCUAUCUGUGACUAUUCUUGCCACUCUUAAGCUACGCUUUAAUUCGAUUUAUAACUCUUCAUAUUAUCUUAGUUUUCUCUUGUACAAAUCGCUUUACUAUACUUACUUUAGCUCUCACUCGUACAAACCUUUGUACAUUCUCUACAUGUAACUUUAUUAAUUAUAUUUUCAGUUAAAAUUCUAGUCUUACGUAUAAACAUACAAACACACAUAUACAAAUGCGUGAGUUUAGAAAGAAAAACAUACCAGCGUUCCAAUCUUUUCUUUAACUCUAUAAUACAAUUACUUGAAAUAAAAAUACUCAAUAUUUUUUAAGUACUACAUCUAAUUUCAUAAGCAUAUGCACAAACAUAGCUAUAAAACACUAUUUUACUCAUUUCACUCUUUUUCACUUGAUCUUCCUUCCUUUACACUCUCUUCAUACUAUCCUUCUUUAUAAAGGAGUUCAUAGUUUCGAUCAAAAUCGCCAUAACUUGCCAUAGGUUUCGAACUAAACUGCCCUCUCACUCACUUCUAUACUCUUUUUAUAACACUCAACUUACAAUUUCACUCAAAGAAAUCUUUGCUAUAUGUUUCUUUCAUAUUAGCGAAAAAAUAGGAAUAACUUUCUUUAACCAGAUUUAUUUUUAAUAGCUACUUCUCUACUACUACUUUCUACAUUUAUGCAUUCAAAACUCGCAGACUCUUUCGUUACAUCUCGCAAAAAUACUUAAACUUCACUCUCCUGAAUUUCAUACAUAUCUUUCUUACAUCUCCAUUGCUACUAACUAGUACUCACUCCUUCAAAAUCACUUUGACUCUACUACUUUUAACUGCAAAACGUCCUUUUUUGCUAUACUUCAUCUUCAACUUUUCAAACUG